CGUGGGCAGAGAUAGGGGCGGGGUGGCGAGGACCUGACUGGCGCCCUUGUGGCGUCGUCCACCUUUUCUGCUCCAGGUUAGUUGGCCCUGGACUGUGCCAGGGCUGGACAGAACACCGGGUCGCUGCCCCACUCGACGAGCUCUGGCUUUCCGAAGGCGCGGGGUCGGGAUGACGUCGCGCGGGUUUCUGGGGUUCCUCAAGAGGUUCCUCUUAAUAUUUGGACUUGGAAUUAUUUUAUUUUUCUUUGGGAGUACAUUCCUUCACACAGAGUCCAGUAGCCUCAAACCAGAGCUCCCACGUCUGGCUCCAGUAGCACAGAUGCUGAAGCUUUUACCUGAGGAACGUCUCAGGAACCUCUUUACCUAUGAUGGAAUUUGGUUGUUCCCGAAAAAUCAGUGCAAAUGUGAAACCACGAAACAGCAGAUAGGCUAUAACUUUCAGGAUGUCUAUGGCAAGAGUGACCUCCCAGCGGUGAAAGCAAGGAGACAGGCUGAAUAUGAACACUUUCAGAGGAGAGAAGGGCUGCCCCGCCCACCGCCCUUGCUGGCUCAGCCCAACCUUCCCUUUGGGUACCCUGUCCACGGGGUGGAGGUGAUGCCCCUGCACACAGUUCCCAUCCCAGGUCUCCAGUUUGAAGGGCCAGAUGCCUCCCUCUAUGAGGUCACCCUGACAGCUUCUCUGGGGACACUGAACACACUUGCUGACACUCCAGACAAUGUGGUGCAGGGCAGAGGCCAGAAGCAGCUGUUCAUUUCAACCAGUAGCCGGGUGCUUUUGAAUUUCAUCCUCCAGCAUGUGACUUACACCAGCACAGUGUACCAGCACCACAAGGUGGACACAGUGAGUCUGGAGUCUGAGUCCUCGGUGGCCAAGUUUCCAGUGACUAUCCGCCACCCUAUCAUCCCCAAAUUACAUGAUCCUGGACCAGAGAGAAAGCUCAAAGACCUGGUGACCAUUGCCACCAAGACUUUCCUCCGCCCCCAUAAGCUGAUGACCCUGCUCCACAGUAUACGCGAGUAUUACCCAGACUUGACUGUGAUUGUGGCUGAUGACGGCAAGGAACCCCUGAAGAUUAACGAUAACCACGUGGAGUAUUAUACCAUGCCGUUUGGGAAGGGUUGGUUUGCUGGUAGGAACCUGGCCAUAUCUCAGGUCACCACCAAAUACGUUCUCUGGGUGGACGAUGACUUUCUCUUCAUCAACAAGACCAAGAUCGAGGUGCUGGUGGAUAUCCUGGAAAAAACAGAACUAGACGUGGUAGGCGGCAGUGUGUUUGGAAAUGUGUUCCAGUUUAAGCUGUUGCUGGAACAGAGUAAGAAUGGGGAUUGUAUUCAUCGGAGACCAGGAUUUUUCCAGCGCUUGGAUGGCUUCCCCAACUGCAUGGUGACAAGUGGCGUUGUCAACUUCUUCCUGGCCCACACUGAGCAACUCCAAAGAGUUGGCUUUGAUCCCCGCCUGCAACGAGUGGCUCACUCAGAGUUUUUUAUUGAUGGGCUAGGGAGCCUGUUUGUGGGGUCUUGCCCAGAAGUGAUUAUAGGUCACCAGCCCCAUUCUCAAGUGGACUCAGAGCUGUCUGCCCUGGAGAAGACCUACAGCACAUACCGGCACAACACUGAAGACCAGAUCCAUUUCAAAUUGGCUCUCCACUACUUCAAGAACCAUCUACAGUGCUCCACAUAAAGGUUCAGGGGGAUAGGUAGGAAAAGCACUAGACUGACUGGUUGUGGGUAUCUAGAAUAGUGGAACUGGUGUUAGGGCUGCCAUAAAAUGGACUACUGAUAAGGGGAACAUCAUAAUUGAACCAGUUGGUGGGUAGGGGCAAAUGUGUGAUAGGCCAGACCUCAAAAACCAGACCUCAGAGCACACUUUGAGUUGUAUUGCUUUCUUGUAAAUGACUAACAAAAAACACAUUCCAGAAUGCCACGGAUUAAACUUGGAACCUGUGCUAAGGUGUCUUGAUGAGCAGACAUUACUGAUGCUUAAGUCACAGUGUAAGUACAGUGGCAAGUCACAAAAUUCCAGAGACGUGACACCAGUUUCUGACCACUCAGGAACCAUGUCAUCUAUAGUGUGGAGCUGCCACAUGUUGUUGAGGAAGGCACUUUCUGGUUUACGGGUAGUCAGUGAGUUUUACAAAAACUCCUCUAGUCUUACCUUUACGGUUUCCACUUACCAUGGCUGUCCCUGGAGACGCGUACUGAAGAUGGCCUAGGGUAGUUCAGGAUUUCUGAAAAUGUGUUCUGUGAGAUAUUAAUAAAACUUCAUGAAAAAUGUUUUGGUGGUCAAAUAAUUUUGGGAAAUACUUCGUACUUCAUCUUCCUCUUGGAAAGUAACAAUUCACAUUAGCAUAUUAAAGGUUCCGAGAAUCCCGCAGUAAAGAAAUCUGUUUAACUUUGUUUAAUUCAGUAUUUCUCAAAUAUGGAUAUAAACUGGCAAUUAUGCUUUAUUCUCCUCAAAUAGAAUUAUGUAUGGGAGAUUAAGGGUCAUUAGAAAUGGACCAAUCACUAACCAGGGUAAUGGACACUGUAUUCAUAACAAUCAUUAUUUGUUAGUAACCUCACUGCAUUGUGUAUGUCAUAAAGAUUCUAUUGCAAAGGCUUUUACAGCUUUAAUUAACAGGCAAAAUC